GGCCACAAGCGGAAACGCGCCAAGUCCCCGACCCCAACCCCCAACACAGCUCGCGCGUCCAUAAAACUGGAUCCGCCGCCGACGCCUCUCCCUGCCCCUGCCUCCGGCGCGUCCCCCUCCUCCUCGCCUCCCUCAAACCCUAGCCCGCCCAUGGCGUCGCCGCCGCUCCCCGGCUCUUCCUCCUUCUACUCAAGCGAGGACGAGCUCGCCUCCCUCCCGUACCCGUCGUUCGAAUGGGGGGGAGCUGGUCGCCGCGUCUCUCCGUACCACCCGCCACCGCCGCAAACCCUAGCCCAUGGCGUCGCCGCCGCCUCCCUCCUGCCCCCCCGCGCGUCACCCACCUCGCCUCCGCCCAUCGCCUCGCCGCCGCCUCCUCCUGAGCCCGCGCCCGGCUUUGCCUUCUGCCCGACCGACAGCGAGCUCGUCUCCUUCUACCUCCGCCCAAGAAUCUCCGGCCAGCCCCUCCCGGACGCCGCCAAGCAGUUCUUCCACGAGGCAGACGUAUACGCCACAGAUCCGGCUUCCCUCGUCUCCGGCCGCCUGCCAGGACCGGCGAGGGCUCAAGGGGAGAGCAAGAACUGGUACUUCUUCAGCCUCGUGAAGCCCAAGAGCGCCCAGAAUAGCCGCAAGUCUCGGACCGUCGGAGGAGGCAAGGGCACAUGGAAACAAGAGCGAGGGAAUGACGUCGUCGACGCCGAGGGCCACGCCGUCGGCCGCUUCGAGAAGUUCACCUACACACCCAAUCCCAAGGAAGACAAGAAGCCGCCGGAGUGGCUCAUGAUGGAGUUCAGCGUCGGUCAGGAAGACGGCGGCCAGCCGAGGCCGGUUCUUUGCCUCUGCAAGAUCUACCAGAGCCCGCGAUUCCUCAAGUCCGCCUCCAAGAACUCCGCGUCCGCGCGCAAGAGGAAGACGCCGGACGACGGCCCUCGGCUUUCUCCGUCAUCUCUGCACGCGUCUGCGCCCAAGAAGAGCAAGCCCCCCAUGGACGAAUCAUCCGCAGCCAGGCGGCAGCUCCUGUUUCCGUCGUUGCUUCCUCCAUCAAAUCUGCCGCCGCCCGUGCCUUCGCCCCCUCCUUCCGCACCAAAUCCCGUGGUGGAACUGGAAGACGACUUGGCGAAGAUUCUUGCGGACCCAGAGAUGAACUGGUCCUGGGAAGAGCUAUCUGCGCCCUUGCCCUGCUCAAUGACGGCAGUGGCACCGGCCCUGCUGGGAUCCUGCCAUGGAAGUCAGUGCGCCUAACAGAGUUCUUGCAUACAACGGCCAUCUCUGAAGAUGUUCACCUCCGGCCUCUCUACUGCUUCAGUUAUUCGGCUAAGUCACUUAGUUAAACUAGUCACAGCCUUUAGUGUUACGCUUACUGUUUGCUAAAGGCAAUUCAUAAGCAUUAUACUCUAUUAGUCUAUAACAUAUACUCUACGACAUCAUGGCUCAGUUUUGGGAGCAAUAUAUCAUGCCAAAUUUUGUAGCUUCUCACCCGAGGGCAGUUAUGAAUUACUUUUGACUCUUGGCUGUGCAUUCUGUGAUGGAAUUACUGUUUGGUAUGGUAUCUUAACUAGGACAUGAUAUGUCCCCAAUCCUCCACUGUUAGGUUUGAUGAUAUCUUGUGUUGUGCAAUAUGGAUCUUAAUUUCUGCAGUACAUAAAUGUCAGCUGAACCUUGUUUCCCCUUUUCUCAAUUUAGCACUGCUACUGAUUCGUUGAAUAUAUGCCGUGUCCUGUUGUUCUCCAUAAGCUUUGUUAAUUCUGCAGUACCUCUGUUCUAGGCUAGAAACAGUUUAGUUUUGCUUACCAGGGGCUGGAACUACUGUAUGCUGCAGCCGGACUUAUGAAUGCUCAUCUGUUUUUUCUGAAUACAGUCGGACUUAUGAAUGUUCAUCUGUUUUUUGUGAAUGCAGUCGGACUUAUGAAUGUUCAUCUGUUUUUUGUGAAUGCAGCCGGACUUUUGUAACUUUUUUCAUCUGUUUUUUCUGAAUGCAGCCGAACUUUUGUAACUUCUUUCUUGUUGGAUUUCUGGGCAUUACUGUAGAAUGGUCAAAAUUUGUAGCUCUACUGCUGAGUGAACUGAAGAUGUGCUUGGUAUUUUACGUGUGCUCAGAACUUAAAUAUGUGUUUUGUUUAUAAAAUAAAAAUCCUGACACAAUUUGUGGCUGCUGUUUUCUAGAUGGGUCUUGUACAUUCAGUAUUUUUUUGCCUGACACUUUAACAUACAUCAUAUGUUGUUUGGAGGAUACAGGUGUUGUUCAUUGUUGGAUUUCUGGGCGUUACUCCACAACGAUCUUACAGAAUCUGUAGUACAAUUGCACAUAAAACUUUCUGACACAAUAUGCAGUUCCCUUUUCUAAAUUGUUUUUUUUUUAGAUUCAGAUGAUUACACAGUUUUGCUUGACAGGUGUUUCUCUUUUGCUGCUGGAACUUGGAACAUAGACCAGACUUGGGUGAGAGUCACACUCUAAUCACAGGUGAUCCAUGGAACAUCAGAUACUUUCAAUAAAAUUCUUCUUCACCUCGGCUCGCACUGCUGACACGAAUGUGGGACAUGUUCGGUUUCUUCUCUGAAGAAGAGAUGGUGCUUCAGUUGAGCUCCUGCCGACAUGGAUACACAUGGGCCCAGAGGAUCGGGUUGGGGGCCCAGUGAUGAAAACCUCAGGACUCAUAGAGGGAUUAGUGAUGCAAGCAAGUUGUAGUUGGUUCAAAAGAUUGGGCUUUAAAUUCUUGGACUUAGGAUUGCAGUUAUGUAUGAUGCUACAAUUUUGAUCCUGAUGUAGCUGUAAAAGACAAGUGGGAUUGAACUAUCAGAUCAAAUGAGAAAACCUGAGCAUGCGUAUGUUACCGCAGGAUUAGCCAAUUUUGGGCUGUAAAUCCGUACUCAAUUAAGUGUUAUGUUACAAAUUGUUUUGGGAGCAAUAUAUCAUGCCAAAUUUUGUAUCUUCUGAUCUGAUGGCAGUUAAGAAUUACUUUUGACUCUUUGUUGUAUCUUCUGUGAUGGAAUUACUGUUUCCUAUCUUAAUUAGGACAUGUUAUGUACGCUGUUAAGUUUGAUGCUAUCUUGUGUGCAAUGUGGUUCUUAAUUUCUGCAGUGGAUAAUUUCAGCUCAACCUUUUUCCCCCUUUUCAGAAUUUAGCAUGCUACUGAAUCAUUGAAUGUAUGCCGUGUCCUGCUGUUCUCCAUAAGCUUUGUUAAUUCUGCAAAAUCUCUGUUAAGGCUAGAAACAGGUUUAGAGAUUUGCUUACCGGGGUCCAUGGAACUACUGUACGCUGCAGCCCGACUUAUGAAUGUUCAUCUGUUUUUUGGUGUAACGCUCCCUAUAUGAUUGGGUUAUAUGUCUAUCUGUUUUUAGUACGUACUUUUCAUGCACCAGAAGACCCUAUAUUUCUAGCUCUCUGAAUAUUACAUGUACUAGAUGUGCAUUUCAAGUAAGGAGGGUGUACUACUGAACUAUGUCAUCCUAGUUCUGACAAAACAAAAAUGUUCAAAAUGCAGCUAGCUUGGAAUUCUAGGUGAAGUUGGAGUAGCGGCGGCCGACGGCCGUAUAUUGCCCGUCCCGUAUUUU